AUGAGUUUUUGGCAGCCAAAAUCAAUCUACAUGCCAUCUACCUCUCAACUAGUUAAUCCUCAACAAGCAAAGUUUAGGUGCUUGAACUGUGGCCGACAGUACAUGAGAUUGUCGUGUUUGAAACGCCAUGAAAAAGUGGAGUGCGGCCAACGACCAAAGUUGCAAUGCCACAUCUGCCAAAAUUGGUUUAUGUACAAGCACAACCUGACAGCUCAUUUAAAGCAGCAUGUCGAGGAGCCCACUUUCGCUUGUGCUUUCUGUCCUAAGAAAUUUUACCGACGUGAUAAGCUCAUUACUCAUGAAAAGAGACACGCAUUCACGUAGUUUUAGAAAUUCGCACAUCAUUUAUGAUGGAACUAAGUCAAAAAUAUUUUUAUAAAUUGUUUUAUCUACAGUAUUAAGUUUAUA